UAGCUCGUCUUGGCCAAAGACCGUGCGACAACAAACCCUUCGCGCCCAUCGGCAUUUCCCCUGCAACACCGUUGGAAGGGUUGCAACUGGCACGCGCCGCAGCAUAUGAAAUAAGAUCACAUCUCGGUUCGUCCAAUAUUUGAUAGCUUGGUCAACAUGCAACUUGAGCUGCACGCCAUCAGCCUUUCCCCCGAAAAUCCAACUUGGCAUUCGAUUAGAUUCAGGUUGCCAUGGCGCCAAAUACACCGUGGCUAACCAAGACCUUCCUAGCCUCGCUAUUUCUGGGCAUAGGAGGGUUUCUCUAUGGCUAUGACUCUGGCAUCAUCACGCCAAGCCUGGCACUGGCAUCCUUUACAAACUACUUCGACAAGCCCAAUGCGCCGCUUCGUGGAGCCAUCGUGUCGGUAUACCAAGCGGGAGCCUGGCUGGGCAGUGCGUCCGUUGGUAUAACAAGCGACAAACUGGGCAGACGCAAGGCCAUUGCCUUUGGGUGUGCUUGGGGCGUCCUUGGUGGUGUGCUGAUGGCUGCGGCGGUCCAUGUCGCAAUGCUUAUCUUGGGCCGUCUCUUAGUCGGUUAUGCUGUUGGCACCAUUACCGGAGUGGCUCCUGUCUUCGGAGCCGAGAUUGCCAAGACACAAGAACGGGCUAGAAUCACAGCGGUCAAUCAGAUGAUGGUGGCUUGGGGAUUUUUCAUUGCCUUGUGGACGGGCGUGGGUGAGGGCAAAUGGCAGAAUGAGAACCAGUGGAGGCUCGGAUUCGCCAUCCAGGCGAUCCCCGCCCUCCUCCUCGGUGUUGGAGUACUGUUCAUUGGCGAGUCACCAAGAUGGCUAUGUCUCAAGGGCCGCUACGAAGAUGCUGAAAAGACCUUCAGAAGGUGGCACUACGACGGCUCAAAUGACGAAUGGUGCAAGACCGAGUUCGCUCUGAUCCAAACCAGCAUUGCGCUCGAGGUUCAAGCGCAGCACCGGCUGGGCUGGGCCGACCUCGUCCGGACACCGCCAUUCCGGAGACGCCUAUUCGUCGGAUCCUUUGUGUGGGCCGCUGCGAUGCUCUCCGGCAUCAGCUUCGUCCAGUAUUUCCAAACGGCCAUCUACGCCACGCUACGCUUCGACCAGGACCAGCAACUGCUAGUCAGUGGCUUAUACGGCUGUGUCGCUCCGAUUGCGUGCAUUCUUUCCCUCUUCUUUGUCGAUCGCAUCGGCCGCAAGAAGAUCUUGAUAACAAGCUCGUCGUUGCUGUCGGUUUCGUAUCUGAUCAUCACGAUCCUCGCGGCCGUGUACCCGGCGCGACCUGGUCAGCCGACGAAUGAGGCUGCCCAGAAGGCUCUCAUUGCUUGCAUUUUCUUGGUGUCGGCAAACUACUCGGCCUUGCUAGGUCCCAUGACGUGGAUUAUUCCGCCUGAGGUGUUCACCACUGAACUACGAGCCAAGGCCAACGCCGUCGUCCAGGUUAUCCACUACUCCAUCAGCUUGGUCAUCACGCAGUGUUCACCCAUCGCCCUCGAGAAGGUGGGCUGGAAAUACUACAUCCUUUUCAUUCUUACCAACGCUCUCUGCACGCUUGUAUUCGCAGUUGCAUAUCCAGAGACGAGAGGCAAAUCACUCGAACAGAUCGACGAGAUAUUUGGGGAUAUCCAGAAACGUGACAUCGAGUUCCUCCCGGAGAGGAACGACGUGGAUGAGAAAGAUGGGGUCGAACUUGAAGAAGCCGCAAGAUAGAUGCCAUUAGUACCAGUACCACCGACUUAUCCCGUUAGAAGAAGUUGUAUCCAUGCGAAGCAAAGAUAAGCUAGGCCUACAUAGCCUAGUGGAAAAUCUCGCCCAUCUCCUGUCGCCCUGAGAUUCUUCACCCCCGUGGUGGCGAUACUUGACAUCGUGGAUAUCUAUGCUGAAUGAAGUGCAUGGCUUUGCCAAGGUUGCGCAAGCUUAUACUGGCGCCUU